AUGAGAGGAGUCGGAAAAUUCAGCGAAGGUGUCAAAAAGUUACUUGUUCUGGCAGAACGGUAUGCCGAACUGGUCGAUCCCCUGGAACAGGUCAUUACCAAUGUUGAAGAAGUGACCGACUACCUUGAAACAGUCGACUUCACGGACUCGCAUCGUGAAAUGUUACAGCGCGUCUACGCCGAGCUCAACCAAGUCUGUGGCCAAACUUCAUCCCCGCCUGCAGAAAUGGUGGACAAGGCGGAGGCCAGUCAGCUAACCACCUCUAUUCCCCAAAUUGAGGCCUUGAUAUCCGAAUACGACCAAAUUGUCGCUGAACACGGCCGCAUCGAUGGACUGAAUAACUGCCUUAUGCGGAUCAGAAGGAUGAUUGAAAAGGCUUUUGCUGCCAGAUCAGCCUUCAGGGCACACCUGCUGAUGUUGGAAAAUCCGACUCCUCCAACUGAAGUCGUAGUCACAAGUGUGCAAGCGAGUAAUUUGCAGGAGAAGCCACGGUCACCCCCUCUACAACUGGAUGAAAGCCGUCCUGUGGCCGAACCAGUGACAGGGGGCGCUGCUGCUCCUGCCCCUGACAAUCUUGACGUCUCCUCCGGUAGUCUUUCCGCGGAAAUGACUGCCUACUUUGAGGAUAUAGCGGGCUUCACAAAGAACUGUCCGGAGGUCAGGACCCAGGUGCCCUCAGUGGGAGACUCCGAGGAACCGCCGGCUCUAGCUGGACGGCCGAAAACCUCCAUACUGGAAUGCACACAAAAUGUCCGGGUAAGCAUCCUUACAAGUUAUAUGAACCGAUUUUCACGGCAAAACUGGUGUAAUUUAAGCUAA